AUGUACGAGUGGUUGACCAAGGGCACAGAGGGCGAUGAAGGCUGGAAGUGCUCACCGUUGGAGUGGCUUGGACGAGAACCAGUUCGUUACCUGGGGAUGGAUGUGAGGCGAAAAGAAGUGACGAGCGUUACCAGUUUCCCCAUCUCUCAGGGGAGCUAUGUGACGGAGCUCCUCCGCAACUACCCGGAGGAGGCGGCAAGGCCAUCACAUGUUCCGGCCUCCAAGGAAGUGAUGCCACAGAGUGAAGAUGGUGACGAUGCAGAAUUGGUACCGGUGGACGAUGACUUGGUAAAGCAGGCUCAGAAGAUGGCGGGCGAGUUGUUGUGGCUUGUGACCCGAACGCGUCCAGAUGUGGGGUUUGCCACUGCCCAUGUGUGCAGCGCAGCAACGAAGGACCUUGCAGCAGCCAGCCGGUUGGCCAAGAUGACCAUGGGGUACUUAGCAUGGGUCUAUGCUAUGAUGGGCAAGGUGGUCCGGUGUCCGGUGGUUGCCAACUCAGACGCGAGCUUCGCACCGCAUGGAGACAGGAGCUUUGGAUGUGUGACCACCGCCACCUAUGGCGGGUUUGCGGCAUGGAGAAUGACAAAGCCGCCUGCCAUAGCCUUGUCUUGUCCGCUGCUGAAGUUGGUGGAGCUACUGAAUGCCAGUCAACAAGCCGCAGGGUUGCAGGCUUGGGUCAAUGAAGUGUCCAGCGAGGACACAGAUGAACCUCUAGUUCUGAGGGUGGACAAUACUGCGGCGUGUGGGUUGGCUACUACAUCGCCUGGUUCGUGGAAGACACUUCACUUAAAGGUGAAGGCCAGGCACCUACGGAUGGAGACCAGCGAAGGCCGGAUCCAGGUGAUACAUACACCCUGUGAAGUUCAGGUGGCAGAUAUGGGCACAAAGCCGGUGCCUGUGUCAAGGCUACAGGACUUGAAGAAGCUGUGGGGCAUGUGUUCAGCUGAGGACUUUGAGAACGACGAGAAGGAGGUUGUCAUCAGGUCCUUGCGUGGUGCGGACUACUAUGACCUGCUGCGGAUGUUUGCGUGGCUCAUGAUGGUCUCCAAGGUCCCCAAGGGUGAGGCUGCCGAGAUCUACAGCAAAAAGCCUUUGGACUAUGAUGGCAACUUUGAGGUCUAUGGGAUGCUGUUGAUAGCAGGUGUAGCGUUGCUUGGAGUGUGGGAAACACUGAAGUGGAUUGCGCACAAGCUCUUCGGCGACGAUGAGGCUACGAUUGCAAAGGCCCACAGGCUGAUGAGGAUUCGAAACCAGGCCUCGAAGGCCUUGCAAGAGGAGUUGGUUGGGCCCGCAAGAGCCACUGGGCUCAACAGCCGUCGGAAGCUCAGCGCCUACUACACCAGCUACUGCCAGCGCGGCUACGUCACCGGGGAUGACUGCCCGGACAACGACCCCACUGCCUUUGAGUUGCAUGGGUCACAAGACGGUGUUUAUUGGGAAUUCCUGGAUUCUCGGAUGAUGGCAGACCGACCGCCCGCCUCUUGGCGACCAGCCCAGACAGAAUGGUUCACAUUCAAGAACUGCACGCCGACCACGACGGCCACAACCCUGACACAAACCACCCGGACCACGUCUUCGUCAACCGUGUCCCGAACCUUUACGGUUUCGACCACUAUCAGCCAGACGAGCACGGCGAGCACCACGACAUCGCCAGAGGGCGCCUUCGUGCAGCUGAUUGAGUCUGGCACCUGUGCGCAGCUUUCACUCUUCCCCAUCCUGGGCCCUGCAGAGUGCGAGCAGGCUGCGAGGCAGCUGGAUCUUCCGGACCUAUCUGCGCAGAUCACAGCCGAAGCCGAGAGGCCCGAGGGAUGCUACUUCUUCGAGGGCCUCUCGCUCUGGCUGGGUGUCAGCCCCGCCAGCAAGGGAAGGGGCGCGGAGACCUCUGGCCCGGAAGCCAACAAGACGCGGCAUCCCAUCUGCAGCUCAGUCCUGCCGGACAUGCGUGUCGCCACGGGCCUCGCUGGUAAGCAAGGUCCGCGAUUGAGACUCGGUGUUGUGGCUAGGUGUACAUGUAAAAAGUGUAUGUAUAGUUUGUAUGAUUUGUAUGUAUACAAGUAUACAGGGUCCGGCGUCGGCACGUCAGUGGCCCCCCCCAUGGUAUGUCCACCCCCUCUCAUCCCAACUGUCGAUGCUUUCUUGGAACUCGCACAAAAUGGCGCACCAGCAAUGAUGGCGAUCACGCUGAGGACAAUGAUGCUGGUGUGCUUCUUUAACACUGGUAUUCCAAGUGUGACUCUUGGUAGUAUCACUGCUCUUGUCCUGUUCUGCAUGUUGACGGGGAUCAUGAUCACCAUUUUCGGAAGAGGGCCAGGGGGAAACCCACACCACAGGGAACCAUAG